UUCAUAUCUUGAUAUGACUUGUUCAUUCAUGACAGGUUGAACGGAGGCGUAACGAAAGGGUCUCUGACGACGAUUCCCACAACUCUUUCGAGAAAUGAUUAUGACUUGGAAGAAAUCAAAGAAUUCAUUUUAGGUAUGGUAUUCAUUAGGAAAUAUUCUUGUGAUUAUUCCCAUUUAAUUGAGACAGCGAAUGGAAAUCUAUUGCUGCAACAAAUUAACAUAAUGGGUAUGCCUGUACUCAUUUUUCUGUUCUUCCAAUUCCUUUGUUCUCCGUAUUUGAUUGCAAGUAUCGAAAACUGUCAAGAUCAUCAAUGUAGCAAGGAUGAGCCGGCUAUCGUAUUUCCUUUCAGAUUAAAAGGACGUCAAGGUGAGAAAUGCGGUUAUCCGGGCUUCGAUAUUUCAUGUAAUGAGUUGAAUAGAACAGUUUUAGAGCUGCCAUUUUCUGGAGUUUUCAUUGUUCAAAGUAUCUACCAUAAUAGUACUGCAAAUAGCACUAGAAAUGAAAUAAAAUUGCACGAUCCGGGUAACUGCCUUCCAAGACGUCUUCUGAAAAAUCUGAAUCUUUCAGGUACUCCUUUCUUCAGUAUGCCCUCUAAGAAUUAUUCAUUCUACAACUGCUCAUCGCAAAAUGUUUUUAAGUCCACAAGGUCAAUGGACAAUAUCAGUUGCCUUAGCAGCUCCACCCAUAGAGUAAUUGCUACAUCCGCAACAAAUCCCAAUAGUUUGACGAAAAAUUGUGGGUUGAUUGGUAUUAUAUCGGUUCCGGAAAGUUCUUUGAAUCGGUCAUAUGGACUUGGAAAUGAUCUUCAUCUCUCUUGGAGGACUCCAUCAGAUUGCAGAAAUUGCGAUACCCAAGAAGUUAUUCCACCUAGAAGAGGCUCUGAGGGUCUUCCAGUUUGGAAAAAAGUUCUUAUCUAUAUGGGCAUCAUAAUACCAAUUCUAUUAGGCUUUGCUGGUUGCACUAUGUUGAUCAAUAAAGAAUAUAUCUUUGGUGGUGCUAGUUUGAUAAACCUUCCUGCAAACGCUGUAUCACCUGAAGUCGUUCAUGAUCCACCACAAUGGUUUGUCGUAACAACUGGUCUUGACGGUUCUACUAUAAUGUCUUAUCCUACCGUAGUUCUUGGUGAAAGUCGAAGAUUACCCAGUCCAUACGAGAAUACGUGUUCCAUAUGUUUGCAAGAGUAUCAACCUAAAGAGACAUUGAAGAGUUUAUCGGCAUGUGAUCAUUUUUUUCAUGCAGAUUGUAUUGAUGUUUGGCUUGGUAUAAACUCAACAUGCCCUGUCUGCAGGAAUUCUCCCCUCCACCAGUAAGAAAAACGACUUUGUCUCAGCUUGUCAUACUCAGAGAUAGAUACAGCUGUUACGUUUUCGAUUUCUUAUUUGUCCCUUCACAAUAUUCUUUGUGUACUGGUGUAACUUGUAAGUAAAAUUUUCUAUUCUUUGAAGAAAUCAUUGAUGAAUACAUAUACAUUAGACUAA